AUGGAUUUUACGGAUUUCGUGAACGAGCGACCUGUGGAGUUUGAUGAUGAGAAUAACCAACUGAAAGCGGAACUAAAGCGUCUGCGUGAUACGUUGCUUAGAAACAAUGAAAUAAUGAACGAACUAGAAGAAGAAAAUGUUGAGCUUCAUGGAAAAAUAGAAAAAAUUAGCUUAGGAUGUCCUAAGUGUGCCGUUUUGGAGCAAACUGUUCUUGGUUUGAAAAGUACGUUAGAGCAAUACACCGUUGAUUCUUGUCGAAUGUCGGAGGAAAUAGCGGCUUUGAAUGCUUCACUUGAUUCGGCAAGGGCAGAAAUUGAUGAAUUGCGGAGAGGUCGUACACUGAUUUCACCUGAUGAAAGCACAUUCAACACAUCUUUGGAUACAAGUACGAUGAAUCGCUUGCAAGAGGAGAGAGAUAUCGCCAUGUUUGAAUUACAAAGCGCCAAGUAUCAGAUUAGUGCCUUAGAGUUUGAAAGGAAUGAUAAUGCUGAGCGAGCGGAUGCAUUAGCUGUUGAGGCACAGGAACUGCGGAAACAACUCAAAGAAUUGCGUGAGCAACUACAUCAGAUCGAAUCGGAGCGUAUGGAAUCUGUCAUUAACAUUGGUAUCUCCAAGAGAGGAAAUUCUAUGUUUGCAGAGGAUAGUAAUUUCGCCGAGGAACGCCUCAAGCUGGAAUCCGAUUUUAAGCUACUGUACUCCAGAUAUCUACUCGUUAGUAAGGAAAACUGUCGGCUUUACGGUGAGCUCGACGAAGCACGACUUUUCGCUUCUCAACAAAGCGGAAGCGAGGCAGCUGGACGAUGUCGAUGCUACUACAUGUCUACAGAAUUAGUUGAACUCAGAGCAAGACUACAAACAAUGGACUAUCGGUUGGCACGUGCGCAGAAUGAUCUUAUCGAUUUAGCGAAGACGAAAUGUGGCACUGAUCCGUUGCUGAAAAGUUACUAUAGAUCCUUGAAGUGA